GGCAAGAUAACCAGAGCCCCUACGUCGCUUCAUCGUCGCAGAGCCAAUACUACCCCCAACAUCCGGUGCAAAGUACACCUCUUCAGUUCUAUGACCAGGGCUCUUUCUAUCCCAGUUCGCGCUCAAGCCUCGAGGGCAAUGUCGGUCCCCAAGGAUCCAUAGCGCAAGGAAACGCUGCUGCUGCAUAUGGCGGCCAAAUACAACCUGCAGGUGGCUGGUGGACGGCUUUUGGGACGGGUGGAUUCGAAGGCGAGCCUCCAUUACUCGAAGAGCUCGGCAUCAACUUCUCACACAUCAGCGCGAAAUCAAUGACUGUUCUUAACCCACUCCGUCGCGUUGAUGAGCGCAUCAUGGACGACGCAGACCUUGCAGGCCCACUUCUUUUCUGUUUUUGCUUCGGCACAUUUCUCCUUUUCUCAGGAAAACCGCAAUUCGGAUACAUAUACGGCGUUGGCCUCUUGGGCUCGGCAUCCAUCUACACACUCCUCAACCUGAUGUCCGAGAAGGGCAUCGACGCCUAUAGGGUCUCUUCCGUGCUUGGCUACUGCCUGCUCCCCAUGGUCGGUGUUGGGGCUUUGAGCGUACUGGUCACACUAGACGGCCUUCUGGGAUACGUCCUAGCCCUCGUGUCAGUGACCUGGUGCACGUACGCCGCAUCUGGCAUCUUCGUUGCUGUGCUACGAAUGUCCGACCAGCGAUUGCUUGUCGCGUAUCCUGUUGGGCUUCUCUACGGCUGCUUCGCUUUACUCAGUGUUUUCAGCAACGUUAGUGUCGGCGGAUCUUCCUCUGGCAAGUGAUACGUUAGGCCGGCCUUGUACUUGGUUUACGGUAGUUAAUUAGUCCGGUGUAAUGGCAGAGAUAGUGGAGUCCUGUGUACCGUCUUCUCUUCACCGUCAAAUUCGUCGUGUGGAUACAUACAAAUAAGUAAUUAUUGGGAGUUCUUCGGUAUAAAUAUAAAGCGUAUCGACGUAUAGA